GUUUAUAAUCAACGUAAGAAGAAACAAGUAAAAUGUCUAAGGCGUUCUUCUUUAUAGUGAUCGUAAAGCUCUUAAUUUUGAAUAUUAUUCGAGCAUCUGCCCUAGGCAAUCUAUAUACCUCAGAUGCGAAUAAAACGUAUUAUAUAGAUUUUGAACGCAAGUACUCCUGGUUUGAGGGUCAAAUUUAUUGCACACAAAUGAAUAUGACUUUGGUAGAGAUAAAGACGAAAACAAAAUCCCAGGAGUUGUAUUCGUUGAUUGAAAAAGUCCAAGAACAAAAUAAUAUUGAAGGAGAUUUUAUUUGGAUUGGCGGUAUUCUAAAUCGUUUUCCGACUAAACAAUUCGUAUGGCUAUCAACGGGUGAAGAUUUUACGUACACCAAUUGGUAUGAUAAUAAUCCGGAUUUCUUUUACGAUAAUGAAUUUUGUGUUGAAUUGGUGAGGGUCGAAAACUGGAGAUGGAAUGAUGAUUCCUGUAUAACAAGAGGUGGUUUUAUAUGUGAAUGUAAAGAAGAAGAAAAUGAAAUUCAGCAAGAAACAAACAAACAAGAAGUGGACAAGCAAAAGUUAAAAAUACAAAAAGAAUUGCAGGAACAAAAAGACUUGCAACAAAGACAUCAAAAACAAUUACAACAAUCACAAGAACAUGUGGAGAAUUUAUUAAAAGAAAAUGAUAACUUGCAAAAGGAACUUAAAAAAUUGCAAGAAAAUUUGCAAAUUGAAAUAAAAAAGCAACAAAAUUUGCAGCAAAUUUUACAAAAACCGAAUAAUCAAUCGACAAACCCUUUUGAAACUUCACAAUUACAAAAUCACAUCAGCAAGGCAUUGAGACCAAGCAAAGAAUUCAAAGACAAUUCAAAUCAAUUGGUAAAAAGUGAAAUACCAAUUAAUGGUGGAAAUAAUAUUAUCGUAUAUUAUUCACCAUACUAUACGUUUUUUAAUAAUUCGAACUUUCACGAUUCUACAAAGCCUAAUUGACAUUAUAUUAUGUUACGUCAGAAGUAAAUAACACAAAUGUUUCGAAUAAAUAAAAUUAAUAUUGUAAAACCUUAUAGGAUUUAAGAUCUUAUCAAUAAAAAGUAAUGGUCUGAACCAUAGUUCAGAGGUUUAAAAAA